AAGAUGAAGAUGAAGACGAAGACGAGGAUGAGGAUGAAGAGCUGUCCGAUGGAGAGGACAGCGAAGACGAGGAAGAGAAGAAGCCCGUCAAAAAGGCGCCAACAUCAACCGACAACACAUCAACACUCUUCAUCAGAAACCUGCCAUUCACCGUUACGGACGACCAAUUAAAGGAGCAUUUUGUCAAGUUUGGUCCUGUCAGAUACGCUCGUGUCGUUAUGGAUCGAGCAACUGAUAGGCCUGCGGGUACCGGAUUUGUCUGCUUCGUCAACGAAGAAGACUCAAAAGCCUGCAUCAAGGGCGCGCCACGCACACAAGUCAACACCCUGCCUACAAAGCACUCUGUGUUGCAGGACGAAUCCGCAGACUCCGACGGCCGUUACACUCUGGACGGCCGUCUGUUGCAGGUUGCUCAAGCAGUCAGCAAAGACGACGCCGAGCGCCUGGCUGCCGACGGCAGUGCCAAGAGACGGGAGAAGGAUAAGCGUCGUCUCUUCCUGCUCAACGAGGGUCAGCUCGACACUAGAUCUGCUCUGUACCACAAGCUCACGCCCAACGAGGUGAAGAUGAGAGAGGACAGCGCCAAGCAGCGCAAGAAGCUCGUUCAGGGCAACCCUUCGCUGCACAUCAGUCUCACCCGUUUGGCAGUCCGCAACAUCCCCCGCAACAUUGGCGCCAAGGAGCUCAAGGAGCUGGCCCGUAAGGCCUGCGUCGAGUUCGCCACAGAUGUCAAGGAGGGUAGACGUCAGCCCCUCUCCAAGGAGGAGAAGGUGAGAGGCGCAAAGGAGGACAAGGACGCCGAGCACGACCGCAAGCUCAAGCGCAAGGGUAUCGUCCGCCAGGCCAAGAUCGAGUUUGAGAGCCGCGAGGGCACCAAGGUUCCCGAGACGAGCGGCGGCAAGUCCCGCGGAUACGGUUUCAUCGAGUACUCGUCCCACCGCUGGGCGCUCAUGGGCCUGCGUUUCCUCAACGGCUACUCGAUGGAGAACGAGCAGGGCAAGAAGCAGCGCCUGAUUGUCGAAUUCGCCAUUGAGAACGCCUCGGUCGUCGCCCGCCGCAAGGCCAACGAGAAGAACUUGGACCGCAACAAGCCCAACGCGCAGGCGGGUCCUCAGGCCGCGCAGAACGGAAAGAAGGGCGGCAAGUUUGACAAGAAGAACGGCGGCAAGGAGCUUCCCAACAUGGCUUCCGUUAAGGACCAGAAGAAGGGGGGCAAGAAGGGCAAGAAGGGGAACUUGAACAAGGGACCCAAGGUGGAGACGGAGGAGAAGGGGGAGAAGAAGUCUGGUGGUGACAAGGCGCCCGCGGGCAAGGUUGAUCGCGAAGAUGUCAAGCCGCUGCUCAUUGCGAGAAAGCGACUGAUGAGGAAGAAGAAGGCUUCGUCCCGAGGCUAGCUCGUUUGAUCGAGGGGCAUAUCUUUGUGUGGGAAGGUAAUCAUGGGCGACUUGUUAUUUAGUAUGUGUUAUGCACAUCACCAAGGUUAUUCAAAAGUAUCAAAUUUCUACUUCACAGCAAACAAUAUC